GAAGGGGCGCUUCCGAGGCCCGGACCGCGGAGAGAGGCUCUCCCGCGGGCCACGCACAGAAGGCGUGGGGGAGGCACGGGGGUGCGAAAAGUUCCAUGGGAGAAGCUGACACAUAUUAAGUGGUUUCCACAAGAUCAUACUGAUCUCCCAACACCAAAUUUCUUGGAAGACAUCAUUGUGUGAAUGAACAGCAUUGUUGGUGUUGGUGGGAUGGUUCAAUGGUUAAGGCUGUUCUUCCAGAGGACCUGAGUCAAAUUCCCAGCACCUAAAUGGCAGCUCUCAACCAGCUGAAACUCCAGUUACAGGGCAUCUGGAGCCCUUUUCUGCCCUCCAAGGGCUCUGUACAAAUGUGGCACACAACAUACGUACAGGCAAAACAUUCAUACAAUAAGGUCAGCCUCCUCGUGGCCCCCCAGGAGCUGAAGUUUCUCCACCCCCGAAACCUCCCGCGAGCCCUCAGCCUCCAGCCUGCCUCGCCGCUGCUGCUUUGAUUUACAGACACAGGGUCAGAGUCCUGAGUUGCUCCGUUCAAACAAAGACUGUGUGUGGCUGAGAAGAAACGUGAGUCUGCAGUUGUCAUCUUGGAGGCUUCCUGCUGAAUUCACUCACCCUUUCCAGUUCUCUCUGAACUCUGGCUGCCUGGUUCAACUCAGCUCUUCUGGCUCAAAACUCCUCUCCAAGAAGCAGCCUCUGGAGUUUAUACACUGAUGAGGAGACGGGAGGAAAGAAUUGUGAGUUAAGUCUCAUCUUUCUCUAUAGAAAUAGACUAAGAACAAAUUCGGAAAACCUAGGAAACAAGUAUUUCCUCUGGGAUCUUCAAGAGUUCUCUCCUAUAUAUGAAGAGACUUUGAACUAUCAUUUACACACAUCCAUAAUUUAUUUGCGAAAAUGAAAGAAAAUAUAAAGAAAGAACGAUUAGCAUAAAGACAGUGCUGUUUUUCAGCCCCUUCUGUAACCACGUUUCAGGUUUCCCAUAUAAAAAGUUUCUCAUUCCAUAUUCGGCGUCACUAGAUGCUUGUGAUUUAGUAUUGAAAAAAAAGUAUAUGUAUUUAGUGAAUGUGGAAAAGCGUUCAUCCUUUCUCAGUAGAUGCUAGGAGAAAUUUUUUGUGCCUAACAGAAUGCUGGAAAGUCUGCAGCCUGAGUCAGAUCUUCUGAAUGAAGAACUUGCUCCUGGAGAGACACUUUAUGAAUGUAACGAAUGUAGAAAAACCUUUGGCCUGGAACAGAACUUUGUGGAACAUAAGAAAACGCAUAGUGGAGAGAAACUGCAUGAGUGUACAGAAUGUGGCAAAGAGUUUUCUCGAGUCGCCUCACUUACUCUGCAUUUGAGAAGCCAUGCACCGAAGAAAUCCUACACGUGCAGUAAGUGUGGAAAAGCCUUCAGCCAGAGAGCAAACUUGCUGUCUCACCAGAAACAACAUACUGAGGAGAAAGCCUAUGAGUGUGAGAAAACUUCCGUCCCAGUGACAGCCCUCACUAGAAAUCAGAGAAAUGUGGGCAGUAAACCAUAUGUGUGUAAGGAAUGUGGGAAGGCUUUUAAUGGUAAAUCAUAUCUCAAAGAACACGAGAAAAUUCACACUGGAGAGAAACCAUUCGAAUGUAAGCAGUGCGGAAGAGCCUUCAGUCAGAGGCAGUACCUCAUUAAACACCAGAACAUCCACAGUGGAAAGAAGCCUUUUAAAUGUAAUGAGUGUGGGAAAGCUUUUAGCCAGAAAGAAAACCUCAUCAUACACCAGAGAAUCCAUACUGGAGAGAAACCAUACGAAUGUAAAGGGUGUGGGAAAGCCUUCAUUCAGAAGUCAAGCCUCAUCAGACACCAGAGAAGUCACACUGGAGAGAAACCUUAUACGUGCAAGGAGUGUGGAAAAGCCUUCAGCGGCAAAUCGAAUCUCACUGAGCAUGAGAAAAUUCACAUCGGAGAGAAACCCUAUAAGUGUAAUGAAUGUGGAACAAUCUUCAGGCAGAAACAGUACCUUAUCAAACAUCACAAUAUUCACACGGGCGAAAAGCCCUACGAAUGUAAUAAAUGUGGGAAAGCUUUUUCUCGGAUUACAUCGCUUAUUGUACACGUGAGAAUUCACACAGGUGACAAGCCCUAUGAAUGUAAAAUCUGUGGGAAAGCCUUCUGUCAGAGUUCAUCUCUUACAGUGCACAUGAGAAGCCACACGGGCGAGAAACCCUAUGGCUGUAAUGAGUGUGGGAAGGCCUUUUCUCAGUUCUCGACCCUUGCUUUACACAUGAGAAUCCACACCGGCGAAAAACCCUAUCAGUGUAACGAGUGUGGGAAGGCUUUCAGCCAGAAGUCUCACCACAUUAGACACCAGAGAAUCCACAUCCAUUAAAACUCUAUGAAUGCCUUAGAUACAGGAGAGCUUGAGCAGAAUGUAUGACUAAUAUAUCAAAAGAUUUAUCUUACAUUGAAGUUACACAAAUGUGAGAAAUCUUUCUGUAGUGAUUUAAAGCUUAAACUAUAAAGAUAUUUAAUAAGAUAUAUUACAGUAUUAUAUACUCCCCAGACUCACAAUAAACCUUAUUAGUGCUACAGUUGUAGGAUCCUUCUUAAUGAACUUAGAGUCCAGUGGUCUUAACUAGGAUAGCCUUAGGAAGAUUAUCAAAGGUAUUAAGAUAAUAUCAGCAAUAUAAAGGUUUGAAAAUAAGAGGCAAAAAUAUUUUUGAUAUAUGCUUUGGUAUAUGGAUAAUUUGUGAAAAUCAUUUUUUAAAGAAGGCAUUUUGGGAUAGGGUCUCCCUAUGUACAUAGCUCAGGAUGACCUCGAACUCACCGUGUGGUCCAAGUUGUCCUCAUGUUUCUGUUAAUCCACUUACUUGUCCACCCAGUGCUGCAAUUACAGAUAUCACCAUGCCAACUCAAAAGUCUUUGUUGAUGGAAUUGUAUAAACUUGAGGUCAGAACGGAAUGUCGAAUCUGGAAACAUGGAUGAAUUCGUGGGAAAUUGGUAACUGAUUGUGGCAAUAUCCUAGAUCGAUGGGGAAAUCGUGGAGGACUUAAAAAAUAAUCUCAGGAUCAUUAACUCCUUGUGUGGGAAAAUAAGAGGCCUCUGAUGUAAUUUAUUAAAUAUUUCUUAGGAAUUCCAGUGUCUGCAGAAAGCAAAACUUUGUGUCAGAAUUCUCUAAGAGGACGGUUUCUGAGAGCUUGGAGGAGAAAACAAAUUUUAGAUUCUAGAAUCCUCAGCUAUUGAUCUGGAGCAUUUAUACUUAUUCUCAAGGGGUUGAUAUGCCUGUGUAGGGAGCCAUGUACCAGCUAGUCUGUUCAUCACAGCAUCUUGGUAGCAGAAGGUGGGCGCCUCUGUUUUUUUGCUUGUGAAGUAGAUAAAGAAGAAAAUGUAACAGUCAUACAGUAGAGUACAACAGAUGGAAUCUGUGUUCACAACAAACCAAAACAAUGUAUCAGUGUGAAGAAGAUUGAAGCAAUGGAUAUAUUGUCAUUUUUCUAUGUAAAUUUGAAUAAAACCAACUUAUCAACUCCGGUACUAAGCAUCAGUUUACGGGAAACUUCUGUCUAAAACUAGAAUGGGGAAGGUAUGUAUUCAGUUCCCAGAAAGUGGCUGUUGCUGUCACAGUGACAGUGGAAUUCUGUAGGAACGAGAUGUGACAGAGCAGGGUAAUUAAAUGCUUCUUUAGUUCUAUGUCUAAAUAUCUCCUUUUAAUUAAAAAGAAAGGUUCCAAAUAAAUACAACAAAUUGAUAGUUCUAUGUUGUGGCAACAUGUAUUCUUUGUUAUUUUUCUUAAAUGGAUAUGGAUGAGGUACAUAUUCCAACAGUCCCAUUGUGUGUGACUGCAUCCCAAGGCCCCCGGUGGCUAUCGGAAGCCCUGUAGAGUGCUUAGUUCUCUAUAUUAGGUGUUUCUAUGUGUAUAUACACCUGGGUAGGUUUGUAAGCAACACAGAGCAACUUUUUUGUUUUGUUCUUCUUUUUUGAGACAGGGUUUCUCUGUGUAGGCCUGGCUGUCCUGGAACUCACUCUGCAGCUCAGGCUGGCCUCAAGCUCAGAGAUGCAUUUGCCUCUGCCUCCUGAAUGCUGGGAUUGAAGGCGUGCACCACCGCCCGGCUCAAACAGUAACUUUUUAUACAGUGUAGUCACCUAAGUAUAUAACUUUCCCCUUAUUGAGAACAUUCUUGUCUUCGAGUACAGGAACUGCAUCUUCACUUUUGCAUCAGUAUUCUCAGGCUUUGGAGCCAUUAUUAAGUAAGCAUUGCUGUGUGGUUUCCAUCCAUCGAUUGGACUCAGACUAAUAAAAUUUGGAAAAGUC